AUGAAGUGCAACAAUCUCUCCAAAUAUUUGUUUUUUUACAAAAUAUAAAAAAACUUUUAUUAUUAAUUAAGAAUCUCUUUAUUGCAUAAAUUGAAGGCUGAAAUUUGUUUAUUCGUGAAUAAAAUAUUGGUGAUAGAAUAUUUUCAGUUAAUAAAAGCAGAAUUUCCUUAAAUAUAAAUAUUUAAAUAUUGUUUAGGAUCACUCAAUUCUGAUGACUAAGCUGGGAAAAAAAAUUUAAAUAUUGAAGUCUAAUCUGGGGAAACAAUAAAUCUUUCUUUUAUUUAACGAUUUAAAAAUUAUAUAAGUGUAAGAAGCAUUAGAAUAGUCAUAAAAAAACAAAAUACAAUUGACGAAGAAAUUAUUCAGAACAAAUUUGAGAAAUAUUAAAAUUAGAUAAUUAUAUAUAAUAUAAUAAUAAUAAAAUACAUAUAUAGGAUUUAAACUAAAUUGAUUAUUCGAUUAUUAAUGUUACACAUCAUUUUUUAUUAUAAAUAUUUGAGAUUUUUAAAAAUUAUAAUUUAUUAUUUCUUUCACCACUUAAGAGGAAUUUUUCCACAGUGA